UGGCCAGCAAGGCGGCCGCAGUCUGCACUGGCGCCCCGCGACCACCGUCGCCGGACAGCCCAGGGCCCUGUGGCCGAGUGUGUCCGGCCCAGCCAUCCCAGCGAGCUCUCCCAUCUCCUGGCUCCUCCCUUGGCCAAGUCCUGAGGAACCUCAGAGCCCUGAACACUGGUGGCUGCCGGAGCGUCUGCCGUGCCCGGCCGGUGUCCCAGGCCCCGCUGACCAGCAUGGCUGCUGGGACGGGGCCCCUGCUGGGCCCGUCCGCUGCAAACAGAUGGCGGCUCAGCGAUCCUGAACAGGGCCGGGGCUGCAAGCCGGUGCUGCUCGAGAAAACGAACCGCCUGGACUGCGAGGCUGCCGUGGGCAGGGGGGCCUGGGAUGCGGCCUGUGCUGAGCUGGCACUGUCGGUGGCGGCGGGCAGGCCCAGACUGGGCAAGCCACUGCCCCGGAAGGUGCGUGGAGAGCAGAGGCAGAGCGCCCUCAUGGAGCUGCCGAGGCUCAAGGAGAGGCUGGGGGGCGGUCAGGCCCAGGAGAGGGGGCACGAUGACCCUGCGGGCCAGCCUGGGCCCGCACAGCUGGUCCAGGACGUCCCCAGGGCCCCAGUCAGCAGCACAGUCUUGUCUGUGUGGCCCAGCGGAGCCCGAGGUGAGCAGAGAAGCGCCUUCAGCAAGCCAACCAAGCGACCAGCAGAGAGGCCCGGGCCAACCCCCGUCUUCCCCACAGGUGAAUCUGCAGACGCCCUCGGUGAGCUGUCUGCAUUUAUCAACACUGUAGUCACGCCUUGUUGGGGUCGACUUUCAACUCCCAAGCUUUUGAUCAGUGAUUUCUGGAACUUGCAAACGUUGCCACAGCAUGCUCCAUUCUGCAGCGCUUUCCUGGGUGCCCCCAAGCUGUGGCUGGAGCACACCCAGGCCCAGGCACCGCCGCCCUUGUCUUCCUCCCCCACUUCAUGGGCCCUCCUGCCACCCACCCCCACCUCCCUGGGCUUGUGCACCCAGAACUGGUGUGCAAAGUGCAACCUCUCCUUCCGCCUGACGUCCGACCUGGUCUUCCACAUGCGGUCCCACCACAAAAAGGAGCCCACGGGGCCAGACCCGCGUUCUAAGAAGCGGAGAGAAGAGGCCCUCACCUGCCCCGUGUGCCGAGAGUACUUCCGGGAGCGCCACCAUCUCUCCCGGCACAUGACUUCUCACAGUUAGCAGGUGGCCGUGGAGCGACCACGGGGUGCAGCACCCAGUACUGGCAGUGGGGCAGGGGGUCUCCUGGGCCUCCCUUGGAGGAGGCUGUCUCAGUCGUCUGCAGGGCUGGUCCUUUGGCAUCCACAGACGAACAGCUCAGUUAUAAUUUGAAAGAGACGGGCAAGCCUGUGCAACGUGUGCUGAAGACAGUGGAGUCCUGAAAUAAAACGAUGGGCUUUGCUAAUCCAAGGUGCAUCCCCGAGGGUGGGGGCCUGCUGUGGCGCACGGCGUGGGCUCUGGAGGCAGACAAGCCUGGAUUCUGGGCUCUUGCACGUGCUAGCCAUGACCUUGGACAGGGGUUUUCACCUGCUGGGCCCCAGUUUUCCUACCUGUAAAACAGAGCUGGCAAUGCCUGUGUCCUAGGGUUGGUGGCCGAGUCACAUGGGGAGUGGCCAGCAUGCUGCCUGGCAGAACGCAGUGCUGCGUGGGCGAGGUUUACGGCGACUGCUGGUCAGCCGUCGCUAUUAACCAGCUCUCAGUGGCAGACAAGCAAAAGCAUCUGUGUCUCGGUCACGGUAUGCGGGUGGGCUGGGCUGGGCUGGGCCUGGCUGGGCUGCAGGUUUGAUCCACGUCAGGCUGUUUCUCUGCUGGGGCUGCCGGGCUACCCAGAGCAGACUGCUCUUACGGCUCUGCAAAGAGCACCGGAGGGCGAGCCCCAAACACAAGCGCAUCUCAAGCCUCUGCUUGAGUCACGGCACUAACACCCUCUUGGCGAUGCAAGACAUAGGGCCAGGCCCAAUGCUGAGGGGUGACGAAGCGCCGGCUGCCCUCGGGGAGGCCGUGGCCGGGGUGCACGGGCAUUCCCUCUCCAGGAAGGUGAGGAGUCGGGCCCGGGAGUUCAACCUGCCGCGCUGUGCAUAGGUGAGAAGGCGGAGAUAGAACACGUCCCCACCUGCACGCACACCCGUUAGCUCUCAAGAACGGGGCAUGUGCAGAAACUUCAGGCUUCAAACACUGUGAGGAUCAGGAGAAUUCUGGGCACCGCUUACUGUCUGCCGCGUUUCUGUCAGUAGCUAUCGCACGUCCCCACGCGGGCCCUCGUCCCUGAUAGUGCAAGGCACAGG